AUGAAGGUCCUCGUACUGGCUGGUUUCCUGCUUUUUAUUGUUGCCCUCGCUCAUCCCGCGGCGAUCGACUCCGCCAAGGGAAACGAAGAGGACAAGAUCGAAAACGACAUUGAAGGAUUCGACGACGACUUCUACGACGACUUCGACGACGAAGUCGAGAUAUCCGUCGGGUCCAACACUGAUGGACUGUGGUUCCUGGACGACGAUGGAAACCCAGUGGAAGCCAGCCUCGACGACGACCACGAAGACGAGACUCCGGACCAGACCGAACGAGACCUGGCCACCAGGGUGAUCUUCUACAUGUACGCAAAAGGAAACACCAGAGAUCCCCACAAACUCUACAUCGGAGAUAAAGAGGCCCUGAGGAAGAGCAACUUCGAUCCGAGCAAGCCAACCCGGUUCAUCACCCACGGAUGGAUGAACUCCAGGAGAAGCGAGGCGUGUACUCUAGUCCGUGACGCCUACCUGACGAACGGGCACUACAACGUGAUCGUGGUGGACUGGAGCAGAAUUACGAUCAGGCCCUACGUCUUCGCCAGCAGGCGAGUCAAGAUGGUCGGCAUCUUCGUCUCGAAGAUGAUCGACUUCCUCGAGAGAAACGGAAUGGAUCCGUCCACGACCACCCUGGUUGGGCAUUCGCUAGGAGCCCACGUAAUGGGUCUGGCUGGACACUACGCCAAGAGCAGAGUCGACUACGUAGUCGGUUUGGACCCAGCCCUUCCUCUCUUCACCUUCGCUGGUCCAGGGUCUCGGAUAUCCAAGGGAGACGCGAGAUUCGUGGAGAUCAUCCACACCAAUGCUGGACUCCUGGGGUACCUGUCUCCCAUCGGAGACGUGGACUUCUACCCCAACGGAGGGUCCAAACAACGAGGAUGCAUCAUCGACAUCGGCGGUUCCUGUUCCCACUCGAGGUCCUACUGGUUCUUCGCGGAAUCCAUCAACUCCCACACGGGAUUCUACGGCAGGGAGUGCAAGAGCUACGUGAGGUUCAAGUUGGGUCUUUGCAACCGGAAGGGCUUGGGUCUGAUGGGUGGCCAUCGUUGGUUACACUCCCUGAAGUCCGCCGGGACGUACUUCUUGAACACCAGGAUCAAAUUCCCCUACGCCGUGGGAAAAUGA